UCAAAGCAGGGAGGCUGACACUACUGACCAAGAAACUGAAAUCACAAUAUUUUCAUACAAUGUAUGUAAACAAGUCGGAAACAUAAAUAAAAUUAAAACAAUGUCUACUCUGUGUCUAGUGCACAGAAAAAUGAAGUGAUCUGCAUUAUCUUUCCUGUGGCAAGUUCAGGGCCAAACUUCUCCUUUAUGAAGGCAGUAAGAGGCUUUUCUUGAGGUCUUCCUUCUCUAAGUGACAAGACCAAGAGAUGUACGUGACAAACCUAAUGGAUUAAUCUAGACUAAAUUUGAAAGGAUACUUUCAUUGAAAGCUUUCAUUGAAAGCUGAAAAGGUUGAGGCCUAGCAAGCUCCUUGUAGACCAAGCCCUAUAACAACUCCAAAGUCCCAUUAAUUUUCCCUGUGAGAAGAUUAUAUGCCUUAUUUCAAAGAAAAUAGCUCUCAAGGUAACCUCUGACUUUUUAAAGACUUGUCUAAUGUGGGAAAAUCUCUUUACUAGGAAGAGGUAUCCUGACUGGUAUACACAGGUACUGUGAAUAACUGGAAAAUUGGUUCCGUGCUUUUAAUUACAGCGUCUCAGUUCAGCACAGAGAUUAUCCUGCAGGGUAGGCGAGAUGUGUAAAGAUCUGUAUGAUCUGUGAAUAUGAAAAAAAAAUUAAGUAGGACUUCAACAUCUACAAGACUCACUGCUGUUGAAAAAAAAAAAAAAGCAGCUCAAAUAUUAAUGAUCUGAAAUGUACAUAUAUUUUUUGAUUGCUUAAAAAAACUUGGUUUUCUAAGGGAAGGUAAAAUGUAUAUCUUUGCUUUUGGGGUUAGAUUAGAUUCUCCAUGAGAGUAGAACAUGGCAUUUUGUAAGGGGUUAGCAGUGAUCCCACUCCUCCAUACAUUACCCUGCUGAAAGAUCUCACUCUGCCUUGCAACAUUCUUGUUAUUCCAGAACUGGGUUGGGCUAGUCAUAAUAGAUGCAGGCAAUCAACUCAACUUCCCCACACACAGCUCUGCCAGUAAAACUCACUUCACCUUGCAACACUCCUGUUUUUCCUGUGUCCUUUAAGCAAAAGCUAUCAGUCUGGCACUCACUGUGGAUGUGUCCUUACUCCUGCUGAAAUCCAGGAUAACUUUCUUAGUGAUGCAAGAGGAAAGUUGCUGUGACUAGUCUGCUUGUGACUAGGGUGAAACAAAGUUGUCUUCUCUGAAUGACAGAUUUUGAUCCUGGCAAUAGACGUAACUAACCUGUGUUCCACUUAUGAUUUUAUUACAGCAAUAAAAUCCAGUGUGACUUUAGAUACCAACUUAAUUACAGAGAGUGUAAGUGAGAUUACAGUCUAAUCUUUACAUAAUAUGGCCUUCUACAAGGCUGUGCUUUUUCCCAAGAAAAGGGUUUCCUUUUUAGUUAGAACACUAGAGUUUUCAGUGUUGAUCAUAGUUGUUUUAUUUAUUUUGAAAAUAAUUAGAGCAUUCACCAUGAUGCAGGCAAGUAUUGGCCUACUGGCAAUAUCUCAGUUACACUGGCAUUUGUACCUGGGCCAUGCAAUUUUAUGUAAAAUCAAGUAAGUGCAUGCCACAACAAAGAAGUAUGCCAAAGUUAGGAUUAGUCUUCCAAAAUUUUGGAAAAAAAAAUUGCAUUUUUUCUCUUUGUUUCUUUAUCAAAUGAAAUAAUACAUUAAAUAUAAGAAUGCUCUAGGCAAUGUAAAAAACUAAAAAAGACUAGUUUGGUGAAUGAGCAUGGUGAGAGGCUAUGAAUAUGGAUAUGUUUGUACUAAGGAGCCUAGAGGAGACACUUUUUAUGUGUGGUGAUACAGAAAUACAGACUUAUAACUCUGCACACCAGAGAAAGAAUAUUCCCCUAAACCAAGUAAUUUCCUUUGCAGAACUCCCUGUUGAUCAAAGCUGCAUAAUUUAAAGCAUCUAGAAGCAGCUUUAAAUUAUUCACAAUAUUUUUUAAAAAUAAUUUUGGUAUAUUGCAGACAGUAUUUGUGUAACUUGCAGUCUUCUGUAAGUUCUAUAAAUUUGCAUCCGUAUAGAGCUCAUCUCAGUUUGGGAAGAGGGUACAUAACUUUGCAUAAGUUGGGCAAGAGAGACUCAUUCUGAUACCGCAUUAGUCACAUUAUGCCACAGUGCCAGAGCAUGCAGGACCAUAGGGAAUGGAAGGGCAGAGCCGGCAGUCUCUAGGUCUCAGCCUGAAUGCUGCUGUGUGCUGGUUCCCAAGAGUUUUCUGAUACCCUCAAAAGCCCCAAAUAGGAAUCCUGCAAUUAGUGCAUCUAACUCCUCCUUUACUGCAGUCUUCUCUCCUAUUGGUGAAAGGUCUUCGCAGCUCAUGUAGGGACCCCACCCCUUUUGUGGGUUUUCAUUCUGAAGCUAUCCACAACUUUACACCUGAAUGAAUGCCAAACCUCUCUGAAUAUAUAAAGGAAACCUGCAAGAGCAAUUUCAGUUACACAGAAGAAGCAGAAGGAAAAGAUUUCAUCCAGCUUUGUCAGACAGCCUGAACCAGCCAUGCUUCUCCCUGCCAUUCACUUCUACGGCUUUCUCCUGGCUUGCAUCUUCACGAGAAGCUACUUGGCUUUCAAGAACGAUGCCACAGAGAUACUUUAUUCUCACGUUGUUAAACCCGCUGCGGCGAGCCCAAGUAGCAACAGCACGUUGAAUCAAGCUAGGAACGGAGGCAGGCACUACACCAGCGCUGGAUCCGACCGUAACAAUCGCGUUCAAGUUGGUUGUCGAGAACUGAGAUCCACCAAGUACAUCUCAGAUGGCCAGUGCACCAGCAUUAAUCCCCUGAAAGAACUGGUGUGUGCUGGUGAAUGCCUCCCUUUGCCACUGCUGCCCAACUGGAUUGGAGGAGGUUACGGAACCAAGUACUGGAGCAGGCGGAGCUCGCAGGAGUGGAGAUGUGUCAAUGACAAAACUCGCACUCAGAGGAUCCAGCUUCAGUGCCAGGAUGGAAGUAUAAGAACCUACAAAAUAACUGUGGUCACGGCCUGCAAGUGCAAGCGAUACACCAGGCAGCACAAUGAGUCCAGCCACAACUUCGAGGGAACCUCUCAAGCAAAACCCAUCCAGCACCACAAAGAAAGGAAAAGAGCCAGUAAAUCCAGCAAGCAUAGUACAAGUUAGAAGUCAAACAUUUUCCGCUCUCUCAUCUCCCUCUCCUUGUGCCAAAAUUGAACUCACCUGUAACCAUUUGCUUUACCAUUCUGACUGCUUAAAGACAAGUCUGCCAUUGCUGUGUUCUCAGUUGACACUACAUGCUUAUUGCUUUGACCAAAAUCAAAAGGGGCAUUCUCAGCAUAUGGACUUUUUGGGUGAUUUUCCAAAUGCUCAAGAUGGGGAAUAAUACAAGCCUUCCAAAACCACACUAUAAACUUUUACAAUUUCUCCAGCCAUGGAAGCAAAGAAAAUUUGCCAAGAGUAUUCACCGAAGUCAAUUUUGUAAAAUGAUGCUUUGUUGUGUGUUUUCCUGAGAACAUUUAUCACAUCUAUUGCCUUUUAUAUCAUGUUUUAUGAUCUUCUGACAACAGCUUAAAAUACAACACCUUGUAUCUGCUUUCAGAUUAAUUCUAAAAAAAAGUGCUUUGCAUGCUCACCUUUCUCUUAUCUCAGUAUACCAAAAAAUUAAAAUAUGCAUGGCAGCAAUCAAAAAGUAAAGCUGAACAAACUAUUUAUUUGUUGUUGUAAUUAUUUAAUGAGCUUUUAUGUGUAUUUCCCUUCAAAAUUUCCUUAUGUUUAUAGCUUUUCAUAUGCAUCAAAGUAUUUUCCUAUGAUUUGGGGCUGGAUUAGAACAUACAUUUUGUAGAUAAUGUAAAAUAGACAUUUUAGCAUUUAGGUAUAUAUAUUUUAAUUUUGAACAUUCAUAGACUUAGGUGUUAUUUUGACAUAGCAACAUAAAAACUGUAUUUUUCAUUCUUCAUCUUGUAUUAUUUUUGUUUAAAAAGAGUGCAAUCAAAAGACAGAUAUGACUUCCUUUCAAAUUCAUUGGUUUCUUUUUUUUUUUUACAAAAAUAAACACUGCUAAAAAA